GAGGACCUGUCCUCUGUGAGGACUGUGUGUUUAGGGGAGGAUGGUGACCCUGCCCUCAGGACAUGGGCAGGAGAUGAUAACAAAGGGGUAUGUGACAGUGACAGGUCACAAAGGACAGCAGAGGAUAAAUAUAGCUGCGUGGGGGGCUUCAGGCGAGAAAGUCUUAGUCACUUCUCCCACUGAUGCUACGGUCUGUAGACUCUCAGUGAAAUAUAAAACCAGGUAGAGGAAGGGGGUUAGUCCAGAGCACACCUCUCGACAGCUUUGGAGGGGUUCAGUCAAGUAACUACCGCAUCUCUGGGUCAACCCCCUGUGUUCCCGCUCCCAACCAGAUCUCUGGGAGGCUCUGAAGGAAAGGGGGGCCGCAGGGUGAGUAGAGGUGCAGAGACUGCUGUAGGGUCAUCUUGGUGACCCAGGAGCCCCACUGCUGCUUCUGCCUGAGGCCUACAAAGACCUAGGGCCCCCCUCCCCGCUCUGUGUCUCAGUAAGAGACAUGAGGAGGACUGACGAUGGCCAUGAACAGUGACUCUCUGUUACCGUACUACACCGCCCAGAGCGCCUCUGGAGUGGGCCUGUUCAACACGGCCAUGGGGAAGCUGCAGCGCCAGCUGUACAAGGGAGAGUAUGACAUCUUCAAAUUCGCGCCCAUCUUUGAGAGUGACUUCAUUCAGAUCACCAAAAGGGGGGAAGUGAUUGACGUGCACAACCGCGUGCGCAUGGUGACCGUGGGCAUCGCGUGCACCAGCCCCAUCCUCCCGCUCCCGGAUGUCAUGCUGCUGGCCCGCCCGGCCACCGGCUGUGAAGAUGCGGGCCGAGGCCACACGGCCAAGGGGAAAAGUCACAAGGCUGCCAAGACCUUGGAGCUCACCAGGCUCCUUCCGCUGAAGUUCGUGCGGAUCUCGGUGCAUGACCGCGAGAAACAGCAGCUGCGUCUCAAGUUCGCCACCGGCCGUUCCUGCUACCUGCAGCUGUGUCCCCCGCUCGAGGCGCGCGACGACCUCUUUGCCUACUGGGAGAAGCUGAUUUACCUCCUGCGACCGCCCGUGGACAGCAACAGCAGCACGUACGCCAUCCCCGCGGAGGACACGGUGUACAUGCCGGUGUUCGACGACGACAGGAGGGGUCCGGCCCCCGCCGACUUCCAAGGCAAAGGCGACACGGACCAGGUGAGCAUCCGGAGCCUCCCCAUCGUCUCUGAGGUAUCGGGGGCCUCCUCUACUGCGUUUGCUGGGGGGGAGGGAAUCCAGCUGGACCCCCACAAGCCCCCUACCACGCUGGCUGAAACCGCUUCCAAAACAAAACCCCCAGCGCCAGCCAAAGAGGCCACAACAGAGGUGGCAGUGGCGGGGGGGGCCACAGGCUCGGUCGCAGGUGCCCUGAGCGUGGCGGCCACCAAGUCUGCAGGCCCUGGCCAGGGGAGCGCAGCGCUAGCGGGAGUGGCCUCCAGGGCCGCCGGGAAGAGCAAGAGCAGUGUGGCCAUUGCAGGCGCCCUAAGCACGAACCCCAGGAGCCUGACGGUGGCCGUGGCAGGUACAGCCAGUAAGACCUCGGAGUCUGUUCCCAGCGUGUCCCCCAGCCUCACCCCAGAGGGCAGCAGGAGUGUGCCGCUGGUGGUGGCAGGAGAACUGUCCAGCCAGACUGUUGGAGACCCGGUGGCAGAGGCGGCCACCCCGGAACCUCUCGCGGCUACGUCGCCAGGUGAGCAGAGGAGAAAGCAGCGAGCUUCGGCCGGUGCUGAACCACGCAAGGAGCGCAGGGAGAGGAGGGAGAGACGGGAAAAGGGCAGGGCGGCCACUGGCCGGAGUUCCCAUCACCGCAGACCAGGGGAUAGUCAUCGCAAGACAGGGGGCGACAAGGUAUCCCGGAAAGCAUCCAGCCGCAGAAGUUUCCGAGAUGACAAAAAGGGCAAAGGCCACGGCAGCGCCGAGGGCAGCAAGCAGAGGAUGGUGCACAAGGGUGUGAGCCGCACUCCCAUCUCCAAGGAGUCCAGGGCCUCUCAGAAAUUCGGGAGGAGCCUGUCCACGGCCAGUUCGGGCUCCUCCAGCAAGAGGCUCAGCAGGAUCAGCUCUUUCUUGAGGAACGUCAGAGCCAACCUCACUACAAAAACGGUGACCUCUGCUCGUGGCAGAGAUGUGGAUGUCGUGGCCAAGACGGUAGAGAAGAGUAACAUGGAGGCCAUCGUGGAGACGGUGGAGGGUGACCAGGGGCUGGAGAUGGUCAGUUCGGUGACAUCUGAGAUCAUAGAGACAGUGACCUUGGAAUCCCAUUAGAUAGGACGCAGAGCCAGAAGCUGCAAAGCUACUGUGGUUUAAAUAAAGAGCCGUGGAAUCUGA